GAGGCGGCGGCCGCGGCGGCGGGCGGCGGCGGGAGGCGGGCGGAGGAGGAGGCGGAGGAGGCGGGAGCUGAGCUGAGCGGGGCGGGCGGCGGCGGGGCCCGAGCCCGAGAAGAUGGCGGUGCGGAAGAAGGACGGCGGCCCCAAUGUGAAGUACUACGAGGCCGCGGAUACCGUGACCCAGUUCGACAACGUGCGGCUCUGGCUCGGCAAGAACUACAAGAAGUACAUACAAGCUGAACCACCCACCAACAAGUCCCUAUCUAGCCUGGUUGUACAGUUGCUACAGUUUCAGGAAGAAGUUUUUGGCAAACACGUCAGCAACGCACCCCUUACUAAACUGCCGAUCAAGUGUUUCCUAGAUUUCAAAGCAGGAGGCUCCCUGUGCCACAUACUUGCAGCUGCCUACAAAUUUAAGAGUGAUCAAGGAUGGCGGCGUUACGAUUUCCAGAACCCAUCACGCAUGGACCGCAAUGUGGAAAUGUUCAUGACCAUUGAAAAGUCUUUGGUGCAGAAUAAUUGCCUGUCACGACCUAACAUUUUUCUGUGCCCAGAAAUUGAGCCCAAACUGCUAGGGAAAUUAAAAGACAUUAUCAAAAGACAUCAGGGAACAGUCACUGAGGAUAAGACCAAUGCCUCCCAUGUUGUGUAUCCCGUCCCAGGGAACCUAGAAGAAGAGGAAUGGGUACGACCAGUCAUGAAGAGAGACAAGCAGGUUCUUCUGCACUGGGGCUACUAUCCUGACAGUUAUGACACAUGGAUCCAAGCCAGUGAAAUUGAAGCAUCUGUGGAAGAUGCUCCAGCUCCUGAAAAACCUAGGAAGGUUCAUGCAAAGUGGAUCCUAGACACUGACACCUUCAAUGAAUGGAUGAAUGAAGAAGACUAUGAAGUAAAUGACGACAAAAACCCUGUCUCCCGCCGAAAGAAGAUUUCAGCUAGGACGUUGACAGAUGAGGUGAACAGUCCAGAUUCAGAUCGAAGGGACAAGAAAGGAGGGAACUAUAAGAAGAGAAAGCGCUCACCCUCUCCUUCACCAACCCCAGAAGCAAAGAAGAAAAAUGCUAAGAAAGGUCCCUCAACACCUUACACCAAAUCUAAGCGUGGCCACAGAGAAGAAGAGCAAGAAGACCUGACAAAGGACAUGGAUGAGCCCUCACCAGUCCCUAAUGUAGAAGAGGUGACCCUGCCCAAAACAGUCAACACUAAGAAGGACUCAGAGUCAGCCCCAGUCAAAGGCGGCACCAUGACUGACCUGGAUGAACAGGAGGAUGAGAGCAUGGAGACCACUGGCAAGGAUGAAGAUGAGAACAGUACGGGGAACAAGGGGGAGCAGACCAAGAAUCCUGACUUGCAUGAGGACAAUGUGACCGAGCAGACCCACCACAUCAUCAUUCCCAGCUAUGCAGCCUGGUUUGACUACAAUAGCGUUCAUGCCAUUGAGCGGAGAGCUCUCCCGGAGUUUUUUAAUGGCAAAAACAAGUCCAAGACUCCAGAGAUCUACCUGGCCUAUCGAAACUUCAUGAUUGAUACAUACCGGCUCAACCCACAGGAGUAUCUUACCUCCACCGCCUGCCGCCGGAAUCUGGCAGGUGAUGUCUGUGCCAUUAUGAGGGUCCAUGCCUUCCUAGAACAGUGGGGUCUUAUUAACUACCAGGUGGAUGCUGAGAGUAGACCAACCCCAAUGGGCCCUCCACCCACCUCUCACUUCCAUGUCUUGGCUGACACACCAUCAGGGCUGGUGCCUCUGCAGCCCAAGACCCCGCAGGGCCGCCAGGUUGAUGCUGAUACCAAGGCUGGGCGAAAGGGCAAAGAGCUGGAUGACCUGGUGCCAGAGACGGCUAAGGGCAAGCCAGAGCUGCAGACCUCUGCUUCCCAGCAAAUGCUCAACUUUCCUGACAAAGGCAAGGAGAAACCAGCAGACAUGCAGAACUUUGGGCUGCGCACAGACAUGUACACGAAAAAGAAUGUCCCCUCCAAGAGCAAAGCUGCAGCCAGUGCCACUCGAGAGUGGACAGAACAGGAGACCCUGCUGCUCCUUGAGGCACUGGAAAUGUACAAAGAUGACUGGAACAAAGUGUCCGAACAUGUGGGAAGCCGCACACAGGACGAGUGCAUCUUGCAUUUUCUUCGACUUCCCAUUGAAGAUCCGUACCUGGAGGACUCAGAGGCCUCCCUGGGCCCGCUGGCCUACCAGCCCAUCCCCUUCAGUCAGUCAGGCAACCCUGUUAUGAGCACUGUUGCCUUCCUGGCCUCUGUCGUCGAUCCCCGAGUCGCCUCUGCUGCUGCAAAGUCAGCCCUAGAGGAGUUCUCCAAAAUGAAGGAAGAGGUACCCACAGCCUUGGUGGAGGCCCAUGUUCGGAAAGUUGAAGAAGCAGCCAAAGUGACAGGCAAGGCAGACCCAGCCUUUGGUUUGGAAAGCAGUGGCAUUGCAGGAACUACCUCUGAUGAGCCUGAGCGGAUCGAGGAGAGUGGAAAUGACGAGACACGAACAGAGGGCCCAGCCACAGAUGAGAAGAAGGAACCCAAGGAACCCCGGGAAGGAGGGGGAACUAUAGAGGAGGAAACAAAAGAGAAAGCCAGUGAGGCUCCCAAGAAGGACGAAGAGAAAGGGAAGGAAGGCGACAGCGAGAAGGAGUCAGAGAAGAGUGAUGGGGACCCAAUAGUGGAUCCCGAGAAGGAGAAGGAGCCAAAGGAAGGGCAGGAGGAAGUGCUGAAGGAAGUGGUGGAGUCGGAGGGGGAAAGGAAGACAAAGGUGGAGCGGGACAUUGGCGAGGGCAACCUCUCCACUGCUGCUGCUGCUGCCCUGGCUGCUGCCGCAGUGAAGGCCAAGCACUUGGCUGCUGUUGAAGAGAGGAAGAUCAAAUCUUUGGUGGCCUUGCUGGUGGAGACCCAGAUGAAAAAGUUGGAGAUCAAACUCCGGCACUUUGAGGAACUGGAGACUAUCAUGGACCGGGAGCGAGAAGCACUGGAGUAUCAGAGGCAGCAGCUCCUGGCUGACAGACAGGCCUUUCACAUGGAACAGCUGAAGUAUGCAGAGAUGAGGGCCCGGCAACAGCACUUCCAACAGAUGCACCAGCAGCAGCAGCAGCCACCACCAACCCUGCCCCCAGGCACCCAGCCUAUCCCCUCCACAGGAGCUGCUGGGCCACCUGCAGUCCAUGGCUUGGCUGUGGCUCCAGCCUCUGUGGUCCCUGCUCCUGCUGGCAGUGGGGCCCCUCCUGGAAGCUUGGGCCCUUCUGAACAGAUUGGGCAGGCAGGGUCAACUGCAGGGCCACAGCAGCAGCAACCAGUUGGAGCCCCCCAGCCGGGGACAGUCCCACCAGGGGUACCCCCCCCUGGACCCCAUGGCCCCUCACCGUUCCCCAACCAACAAACUCCUCCCUCAAUGAUGCCAGGGGCAGUGCCAGGCAGCGGGCACCCAGGCGUGGCGGACCCGGGCACCCCCCUGCCUCCAGACCCCACGGCCCCAAGCCCAGGCACGGUCACCCCUGUGCCUCCUCCACAGUGAGGAGCCAGCCAGACAUCUCUCCCCCUCAUCCCCUAUGGAGAUCACGGUUCCAGGAACAGCCCUCCCCCCACCACUGGGACCCUUCCCCAGCCUGGAGAGUUCAUCACUACGUAAGGAAAGCUCCUUCUGCCCCUCCAGAGCCCCCACCAUGCCUAAAAGAGGCAUGCGUUUUUAUAUUGGAUUAUUCAAGGACUUCUGUUUAAAAGAUGUUUCUAAUGGGGGGGGGAGGAUAGGAUGGGAAUGCUGUCCUCAAAGGAAGGGCUGGGCAAAGAUGUUUAUACAAGAUUCGAUUAACCACUUCUAAGGGUGCACCCCCCUGAAAACUACUACAUUUUCUAUGGAUAAAAAAAAUUAAGUCCUUAAAGGCAGUAGAGAAAUUUUUAAAAGCCACAUUGGAGCUCCCUUUAACCUAAAAAAUAACCAACUUACAUUUUGCUGAGAUGGGGUGUGUGUGACAGUUUUAGGAAAGGGGAAUUAAGGUUUUGGGGAGAAUUCUGGGGAUUGUCUCCCCAAGCUGCUUGUUAGUGAUGCAGUCAAACCCCCACUAGCCUCACCCCCAGUUAUUCGUAUAAUCUCUCCCACUGCUUCCUCCUCAUUGCUCUUAUAGGCCAUGCCAGCUCAGCCAGUGAUCCCUUUCCCUCUGUCAGUUUUGUUCUUAAAAGUCACCUGCUUAGUUGAUGUCAGUGUAUGUGUAUUUGGUGGGAAAAACCUAUCUUUGGAGAUUCCUGUGGUAGGAGUAGGGGCUAUUCUUCUCCCUUCCCUGGGCAGUAUCAGUAGACUCCUAGAAGGCACAGAAAGGGGAGCUGUAAAAGGAUGGGAAGUUUUAAAAACCUGAAAUUUUCACAAAGCACUUAAGCACCUCCUUAUGACUCAGUGGGUCACCCCGUAGCCUCGUCCCUCUCCCACCAAGACAAUUAGAAUCUCAGCUGAUAACUAGGGGCUCCCUGGAGGAGGACACAGGGAUUUGAGAACAGUAGCGGGUACCCAACCUGCAGCUCAGUUUGGCUCUGCUCCUUGGACCUACGCCUCCCCAUUUCAGCUCUUCUCCUCACCUUGAUGAGAAGGCAGAUGUGAUUCCAGGCUCUAUGCCUCUUCCCAUCCCUCCCACCAGGCCUUUGUUCCUCUUGUUCCCGUGUUUCUCUUCCUCUGCGUCUUGGCACGUUUCUUCUGUUCAAAGUUUUCUGUAAAUUUUCUUUUCUUUUUCUUUCUUUUUUUUUUUUUUUAUAAAUUAAUUUGCUUUCA